ACCAAGCUACACCCUGAUCGAUCCCCUCCUACUCUCUCUCUGAUCUCUCCUAGACUCUAGUAGCCUUAGCUAGCUACAAAUGGUGAUGGCCAUGGAGAAGAAGAGGUUUCCAACGCUGGCCCAGGUGGCCAAGAUGGCGUCCCUCCUCCUCCUCUUCCUCCUCCUCCCCUUGGUGCCUUCCUCCCUCAGGCAGCCCUACCUCUACCUCCUCUUCAACGCCCUCGUCGUCGCCCUCGGCGUCGAGGCCGGCUUCCUCGCCGCCAUCUCCAGCGGCCCGCGCGACGACAAGCUGCUGCCCAAGCCGGCCGCCGCCGCCGCAGCUCUGAGGCUGAGCCACAGCAAUAGACCAGGUGAAGUCGACGUCGCUGCGGCGGCGACCAACGGUCGUCAUCACCAUGUCAACGGUAGUAGCAGUAGCAGCGCUGUAAUUGUGGCCGCUUCACCAUCCUUGACACCGAAGGCGGCGGCGUUAGAGGCUGCAGCCGGCAGCAGGGACGUCGUCGUCAUCGCCGGCGGUGCCAUGCCGGCGGCAGCGGCGGCCAAGAAGUCCAAGAAGAUGAGGAGGUGCCCGUCGAGGGCGAGCCUCUUCUUCAUCGGGGGCGGGGACGGCGAGGACGUCGUCGUCCACGAGGAGGAGGAAGGGUGCUGGACGAAGGGCGGCGGCGGGGGCGGCGGCGAGCAGAUGAUGAGCAAGCAAGAGCUGUUCACCAAGGCGGAGGCGUUCAUCGGCAACUUCUACAAGCAGCUCAAGAUGCAGAGGGAGGAGUCGUGGAAGAAGUUGCAGGAUCUGUACCACCACCACCACCACCACUACAAGACCACGGCCUUGUAGCUUUGCUAGGGCUCUCAUCAGUUGGUCACAACUCCAAGUCUGAUCAUACUCCAAGUAUAUAGUACACAACUGAUCAAAAGGCAUGCAUGCAUGAUGCAUGUGCCUUACCGAUCAUAACUUAAUUAAUUCUACAUCUAGUAUAUAUAUAGGGAGAACAUAUAUGUCAUGCAGAUGUUUGCAUUUGUUGGUAGGGGGGAUAUGAUAUGUGUCUACAGGUGCAGGAUUGGAGCAGGGGAGGAAGCAACAGAUAUUAUGUUGUUGUGUUUCUCAUUCUUUCCUUCAUCCAUAGAUUAACUACUUUGAUUUGGAUGGCCAGUUGGCUAGUCUUGGGGUUAAAUAUUUCAAGGUUAUAGGAGAGGUUGAUUUCUCCUAAAGUAAGAAAUGUUAUGGAAAGGAGUUGUUCUGGUCUUCCAUCUUGAUGACAUAUAUAUGCAUGCAUAAUGGUUUUCUA